ACAAAUCCAAAAGUUUAUUUCCAACGAGUACACAGACCAUGUGGGAUGGGGAUGCGCUACACCACGACUGGCUUUCGCCUACAGCCACCCCCUCCCCAAAAUCCUGCUGCUGGCAGGGUGACAACCCAUGGACAGAAUUGCCACCAGCAACCUUUGCAGACAAUAAAAGUCCUUUUUUCAGUACUCCAGAUAUUUUUUUUUUUCUUUAAAAGCCUGGGGGUAGUGGAAUGUCGUUUGAGGCCAGGCUGGAAAUCCAGCAUGGGGAUGGAGGGAUGGGUGGGAUUUUUGUUGUGAGGAGGGGAAACAACCUUGGCAGGAGAUCUCUGCUUGGCUAACAAAGGCAGAUCUGUGUAAAUAGAAAUACUGGGGUGAAAUACCUGGCAGCACACCAAUGGCAACACUACAACCAACAGAAAAAUCAAGCCCAGCAACAUAAAACACCUUCAAUGAAUAGUCUGGGUUAAUUCAAAAUCUCCCCCUCCCCGCUCCCCCAUAUUCAUGCAGGUUUAUUUUGUCCUCUAAGGUAUUAAGAAUUCGAGUUGUAAAAUAGGCAAGUCGUUAAAAAAAUUAUUACAAACCACUUUUGUGACAAUGUUUGAGAAAGGGUGGGGUGGGAGCCCCGGGUCAGACCGGCUGCACUUCACUCUCUGUGACAAUAAAUCAGAUUAAGAAGAAAAGACAAAACUCAGGGUGGGGUUUUUACAUCUCUGCCUGGUAACACCAAGAGUGAAACCAGCUGCAGAGCAAACCACCCUUCAUCCACCCUUCAUCCAAAAGCUACGGGAGCUGUAGUAAAAAGAUCAAAAUUGGGGGAAUUAGGGGGGGCUGCGACCAUCUAGGUUACUUGUGGCUUACAAACAUUCCCAGGUGCCAAAAGUUUGGAGUCCAGUGUGAGAAGAACUGGCCUUCUCUGUAGAAGAACUAGAAAAAGAGUAUGAAAAGGUAGAAAAACCAAAAAGCACUUCUUUUUAUGGGCUAGAAAGAGUUACCAAAAGGUACCUAAAGACUUUUCCCCUCCCAGAUCCACAGGAAUUUUUAAAAGCUCUCACACCUGAUUCAGAACUGCUUCAGCAGGGUCACCACAGACCCCUAAAAACCCCUUUGUGACCCCCAGCUCAUUUUGUACAUAAAUCCCCACAUAAUGAUUCCCAAAGUGAUGGUUCCUAAUGUGAUGGUUCCCAAAGGGAUGGCUCCCAAAGGGAUGGCUCCAAAAGGGAUGAUUCCCAAAGGGAUGGUUCCCGAAGGGAUGGUACCCAAAGGGAUGGUUCCCAAAGGGAUGGUUCCCAAAGGGAUGGUUCCCAAAGGGAUGAUUCCCAAGGUGAUGGUUCCCAAAGGGAUGGUUCCCAAAGGGAUGGCUCCCAAAGGGAUGGCUCCAAAAGGGAUGAUUCCCAAAGGGAUGGUUCCCAAAGGGAUGAUUCCCAAAGGGAUGGUUCCCAAAGGGAUGGUUCCCAAGGUGAUGGUUCCCAAAGGGAUGAUUCCCAAAGGGAUGGUUCCCAAAGGGAUGGUACCCAAAGGGAUGGUACCCAAAGGGAUGGUACCCAAAGGGAUGGUUCCCAAAGGGAUGAUUCCCAAAGUGAUGAUUCCCAAAGGGAUGAUUCCCAAAGGGAUGAUUCCCAAAGGGAUGGUACCCAAAGGGAUGGUUCCCAAGGUGAUGGUUCCCAAAGGGAUGGCUCCCAAAGGGAUGGUUCCCAAGGUGAUGGUUCCCAAAGGGAUGAUUCCCAAAGGGAUGGUUCCCAAAGGGAUGGUUCCCAAAGGGAUGGUUCCCAAAGGGAUGAUUCCCAAGGUGAUGGCUCCCAAAGGGAUGGUUCCCAAGGUGAUGGCUCCCAAAGGGAUGGUACCCAAAGGGAUGGUUCCCAAAGGGAUGGUUCCCAAAGGGAUGGUUCCCAAAGUGAUGGUUCCCAAAGGGAUGAUUCCCAAGGUGAUGGCUCCCAAAGGGAUGGUACCCAAAGGGAUGGUUCCCAAAGGGAUGAUUCCCAAGGUGAUGGCUCCCAAAGGGAUGGUUCCCAAAGGGACGGUACCCAAAGGGAUGAUUCCCAAGGUGAUGGCUCCCAAAGGGAUGGUUCCCAAAGGGAUGGUUCCCAAAGUGAUGGUUCCCAAAGGGAUGGUUCCCAAAGGGAUGGUUCCCAAAGUUUCCCAAAGGACAGAUGAGCAGGGGAAAGCCAGGAGGUGUUUAGCAGCAGAAAGGAGAGACAAGCCACAUCCACAGAAGCAUGGGCCUGAGGAGGAGCCCAGAAAGGUGGCGUGUGUCCCCCGAGAGCUGGGAGCAGAUGAAGCAGACCUGGGAAUCACUGCCCAGCCUGGCAGGAGCCCAGGCUGUGUGUAAACAGGGAAUCAGGCACCUCUGGGAAGGGGCAGCCCCACAGCUCCCGGGGCUGCUCCUCUGGCCCUUCCCAACGUGGGGAGGGGACAGCGGGAAUGGGAGGGGAGGUGGGGGAAGGAAGGGGCAGGAACAUCCCAAUGUAGGGCAGCAUCUUGUGGAGAAGCAUCCCAUGGUGGAGCAGCAUCACAUGGUGGAGCAGCAUCCUAUGGUGGAGCAGCAUCCCACCAUGGAGCAGCAUUCCAUGGAGGAGCAACAUUCCAUGGAGGAGCAGCAUCCCACCAUGGAGAAGCAGUCCAUGGAGGAGCAACAUUCCAUGGUGGAGCAGCAUCCCAUGGAGGAGCAGCAUCCCACCAUGAAGCAGAAUCCCAUUUUGGAGCAGCAUUCCACUGUGGGGCUGUAUCCCACCAUGGAGGAGGUGGCAUCCCAUUCUGGAGUAGCAUUCCACCACGGAGCAGAAUCCCACCAUGGAGCAGCAGUCCCUGGAGAAGCAGCAUCCCAUUUUGGAGUAGCACUCCACCAUGGGGCUGUAUCCCACCAAGGAGCAGCAUUCCAUGGAGGAGCAGCAACCCACCACGGAGCAGAAUCCCACCCUGAAGCAGCAUCCCACCACUGAGCAGCAUCCCAGCAACAUUCCAGACCAGCCCCAAGGGAAGGAAGUGCUACCAGGAACUGGGAAAAGAGCAGGACCAAGCGAGGAGAGCAGAGGCACAGAGGUGUAGGAGGAAGGAAAGACCCAGAAAGAAGCGGUCGACUUUGAUUUUCGGAUUUCUGGCUCGCCCUGCACCCGGGCUGGCACCUGCCCUGUGGCAGGAGGCAUUUCAGGCACGUCUAAGGCAUCUCAGGAGCUCUCUUUGCUUUCAGAAUCGCCUCUGUUCCCUCCCUACGGCUUCUUCCACCAGCACGUGGUGCCAAACGCUGGAAAAGAAAAGUCUGGAGCGGAUGAACGGAAUUAAACUCUCAUGCACUACCACUGAAUGUCAUCACAGGGCUAGGAAGCACCAAGCACAACACAGGAACCACUUUUACUUGCAGAACCAAAGCUAACCAUAGAGAGAAUGGUAAAAAGUGGGGUUUGCUGGGGACACAGAGCUGCUGGUGUUCCCUGGACCCACCCCUGCUACGCUACGGCCAGAAAUGAAAAAGCACAAGACCAAACAUUGAGUAACAGCACAGCCACCUAACCUGUCUGCUAUAUAUCUGACAACUUAAAUCAAAAAUAUUAGCUUGGAAAGAAACCAGCAAUAUCAUUCCAAGAAGGUUAUACACAUCCUUAGCAGUUAACUUUGCUCAGCACAGCUCUGGUGCUUUAAAUAUGGAACAAUUGAACAAUUUUGUGAGCAGAAAAGUGACACAGAUUUAUUCUUUACAUGGGUUUUUUUUUUUGUUUGUUUUUCUCUUUCUAGGCAACUCUACAGACUUCAGAUCUUUUGCCUUGCAAUGCAGAUCAUCUGAUUCCCCCAAAGGUGGCCAGGUUCUUUAAACAUGCACAUCUCUGUAGCUUCCAGGCCGUGUUUUUUACUUAUUUUUGUUUAAAUUCUGCGGACCAGCAGGUCGUCCCCAUUCCUAAAAACUCUACAUCAGUGUUCAGGGUGGCCUGAGUGCCCGUCAGGCUCCUCCUGGGUUUACAGGAUCACACAGAAGAACUUCUUCUCUCUAAAGGGGUUUUCUGAGGCCGGGACGGGGGUCAAGAGAGGGUCCUCCUUGGCGUGGGCUUCACAGUACGCCAUCAGGUCUGCUGCUGCUUUGGACACCU